AUGUUAAUAAUUUCAUGCAUAUUCAUCAUUUGUCUAUAUUUUAUUCCAUGUACAGAGACAAAUGAAACAUUAGCACAACCCCUAUUACAUUUUACCGCAAAAUUCGCUCGCCAUCAUUCAUCAACGGAUGUAGUUGGUCGACGAAAUUUAAUAUGGUCUCCACUUAGUCUGUAUUUGGCCAUGUUAAUGGCCGGCGAAGGUAGUGAGGGUAAAACAUUUUCAGAAUUUGAACAUAUUACAGGUAUGAAAACAAAAGAUGAUUAUCAUCAAUGGAUAAAUAAGUUUUUUCAAUCAUUAAAUAAACAUCAACAACACCGGAAAACUAGUCGUGCAUCAAAUCAAACAACAACAUUUACUGUAGCCAAUCGCCUGUAUGCAGAUAAAACAUUUGAAUUGAACGAUAAAUAUAACAAUAUUUUAAAAGAACAUUAUCAAUCGGAAUUGCAGUUAGUCGAUUUUAGUCAACAGGAAGAAGCAGCUGAGAUAAUUAACAAUUGGAUUGCGAAUAAAACAAAUGAUAAAAUUAAAAAACUUUUGUCAAAAAAAGAUAUACAUUCAUUAACUCGUCUUAUACUAGUAAACGCGCUAUAUUUCAAAGGAUCAUGGGUGAAAUCAUUUGAUGAUACACAAACAGAAGAAGGUCAAUUUUAUUUAAGUACAAAAAAAAUAAUAAAACAACAAAUGAUGAACAUAGUCAAUCAAUAUCGCUAUUAUAAUGAUCCAAAACAUAAUUGCCAAUGGGUUAAUAUUCCAUAUCAAAAUAAUGAAUAUGUGUUAACACUUGCUUUACCCAAUAAAAACAUCCCAUUACUAAACUUAGAGAAGAAACUAAGAGAACUUGAUGGUGUAUUUGAUACGUUAAAUAAAAUGUCGUCAACAAAAAAAAUUCAAUUAAAAUUACCAAAAUUUAAAAUAGAAUCAUCUCUCGAUUUUGUGAAAUAUUUUAAACAGUUCUACAAUGUUCAUCAAGCAUUUGAUCAACAAAAAGCAGAUUUUAGCUAUAUGAAUAAAAAUGGUAAACCUGAAUUAUUUAUAUCAAAAAUUAAACAUAAAGCAAUCAUCGAGAUAGAUGAAUAUGGGACAGAAGCAAGUGCAGCAACAGUUAUUACAAUGUUAUCCAGAUCGGGAAUGGGGCUCUUUGAAACACCUAUAACACUCACAUUCGAUAAGCCAUUUUUAUUUUAUUUACGAAACAUUCAUAAUAAUAUACCGUUAUUUGUUGGACGUUAUACGGGUAUUUCGUAA